AUGUCGACUGGUGUUGUCUCCGCCCUUCAACCUCCCCCCCUAGGUCAGCCAGGGCCAGGUAGCACAUAUGUCGAUGCGGACACACUCAGAACGGCCUUCGCCCUCGCCAUGUCUGCGAUGUAUAAAUCUGAGGUGCCGUUGUAUGGAGAUUUGAUUCAGAUCGUUCAGCGAGUCAAUCACGAAGCGCAAGCCAAGAGACUGAAUGGCCUCGACGAUGCGGUUUUUAUGGAAGCAAGUACCGAGCGUCUCACUCUUGAGAGACACGGCGCAAUUCGCCUUGGAACCCCCAAGGAGCUUCACACCGUGAGGCGAAUAUUCGCAGUGCUUGGGAUGCAUCCUGUUGGAUAUUACGACCUUUCAGUUGCCGGAUUACCUAUGCAUGCAACCUGCUUUCGACCGAUAUCGACCAAGUCCCUUCAACGCAACCCCUUUCGAGUUUUCACCACUCUUCUUCGCCCGGACCUACUUACAUCGGGGACGGCUCGCGACGUCUCUCUGGAACUCCUUGACAAACGCAACAUUUUUAGUGAUGCUCUCAUCGAACUCCUUGUUGCGGCAGAAAAUUCCCCGGACGGUUGUCUGACCUCCGAGCAAGGAGAGCAAUUUGUUUCUGAGGCUCUCAAGACCUUCAGCUGGCAGUCUAUAGCUGCAGCAACCUAUGAGCAGUAUAACUUGCUAUGCAACGAGCAUCCCGUCCUUGCGGAUAUUGCUUGCUUCGGCUCUUCUCAUAUCAAUCAUCUGACACCGCGGGCCUUGGACAUCACCGCUGCCCAACAGGCAAUGGUUGCCGCUGGAAUGGCAGUCAAAAGCCGUAUCGAGGGCCCGCCAGUAAGGAGAUGUCCCAUCCUCCUUCGGCAAACUAGCUUUCUUGCUCUUGAAGAAAAGAUUCGGUUCGCUGGAACUGAAGAGCAAGACUUUGUCGACAGCUUCCACAAGGCCAGAUUCGGCGAGAUUGAGGAAAGGGGUGCGGCAGUAACCCCCGCUGGUCGGCAACUUUAUGAUGAGUUGUUGAACGAGGCAAUGGAGACAGCACAGAAGACUGGGAAAAGUAAUGACCCGGUCGCUGUGGACCAACUUUUGGAGCAAGCCUUCCAGAAAUAUCCCGAUGACUGGGAGGAGUUACGAAGUCGGGGCCUUAUAUACUCCCAGUAUAAGUGUACCCAUGACGCCAUGACGAAGAUGAAAAAUCUGUCAAAUCUGGCCAGUAUGGAAUCGUCUGUCUUCCUGGACCAACUCGUCUCUGAAGGUAUUCUGAAGGCCUCGCCCAUCACGUACGAGGACUUUCUGCCCUUCUCGGCUGCAGGCAUAUUCCAGUCGAACUUGCAGAAAAAUAGCGGAGGGGAACCAACUGUUACCACUAAGAUGCCGGUAAAGUCGGACAUGAAAGCCUACGAGAAUGCUCUUCAGACGGAGAUACUUGACUCAAACGAGCUUUAUGAGCAAAUUCAAAGGAAUAGUCUAGACCGGUGUGCUAAGGAAUUGGGUGUAAGCUUGGACAUGUGGUAA